CAUCUCCUUCGUAUCCCUUCGAUUAUAAUGGCUGGCAUGGGACGGCUACCCCCUGAAUUGAUUCUUCACAUUGCCAAACACCUCGAGAAGCAAAAAGAUAUCAGCUCUUUCACCCGCUGCAGCUGGAGACUUUACAACCUGCUUCACCGUUAUCUAUGCCAAUUUAAUUCUCACCACCGCAAGGGCUCGGCAUUUAUAUUUGCAGCAGAAAAUGGGUACACCAAGCUGGUAACCAGGCUGCUGGAAGCAGGUGCCGGUAUUGGAUCCGUCUCCGUGAGAGACACUCGAGAUCGAGUAGUAGAUGAAGACGGUGCCUUGAUCAACCCACUCAUUGUAGCCGUACGAAAUGGGCACGUGGCAACUCUGGGAGCAUUACUCAACGAAUCUCGCCCAGGUCUUGCAUGCUCCCCGGUUCAACUUCGCGCAGCCCUGCACUGGGUUCUCCGGUGUCGUAGGGCCGACCUCUUUAAAAUGAUUAUCGCCAAAGGCCCACCACUGGGCUUGCCGGAUAGUGACGACGAGGAUUAUGACAUGCGCAGUAGACAGGAUACUGCUCUGGGUGUUGCCAUCGCCGUUGGAUGUGAUAAUGCGGUGAUUGAGCGGCUUCUGGAGCAAGGGGCCCAUGUCGAGGAGCAAGAAACGCCCUGUCCCUGGUAUGAAGCAACGGUCCAACGUGGCGGGCAAAUGCUUGACCUGCUGAUCAAGUACGGCCACCGGCCCAAGUCAGAUAGAGUCUUGUCUCUAUUAGCCAUGAAUACUGACGACCCCACCACCAUCAAGCGCUUCACCAUCGACAUGGUGGACUGGGGGAUGGAUAUCCAUAUCUACGGUCAUAUCGCACUAUUCACGGCCGUGGAGCAAGGCCACUUUAACAUGGUCAAGUUCUUGAUCGAAAAUGGCGCGAAUCCAAACUUGACCUGUGAAUACAAUAACUGGCGAGGUCCCUUUAACAUAACCUGGAUAGCAGUGCAAGCGAGGCAUUUCGAAAUACUCGAGUAUCUCGUUGUCGAACAGCAAGUCCAACCUGAUCGGGAUGCUCUGGAAAAGGCGCGUGAGAUGGAAUUUGAGAAGGCGAUCUGUCUCCUUUCAGGAUUUUCAUACAAGGACAUUGCGCCUAAGCUGGAUAUUCCCUCCUACAUCGCGAUGGUGGAGGAGCAGAGUGGCAAGCCGUCCGCUGACUUUCAUGCUACGCCCCGACUGCCGUGUGCGUGCCCGGUCAGUGAACCGGCUGCUCUAGGCUUGAUUCAAAUGCACCGUAACCCCCUGCUGGACAUGCAGUGGCCACUAAACUGCCAAUGACGCGAUCACGGAUGUGGUUGUGUAUAGCGCUUUGAUUAGCCACUGUGCUACCCUUAGCCCAACGCAUUUAAAGUACGGCCAGUACGGUACGAUAUGGUAACGAUAUCCCGCUUCUGGGUUCUGCCAGAUGCAGGUAUUGCCCACAGCACACGAGUCGCUCACCACAUCCUGUGUGUGCUGUAACCGGAUGUUGCUGAAUGCUUGAAACGCCGCGGCGAUGGCACCACUUGUCGCAGUCGGCGACUCAGCAGGUUUGCCCAGUGCAUUAUCGAAUGACAUGGUCAGUACAGCCGAUUACUGCGCAAGCUAGGCGGAGUAAGAUAGGGCUAUGAGGAACAUACCAGCGUCAGCCUCCACCACAGUCUCGGGAAAACUCACUCUAUAUGGGGUAUAAAUGCCUAAAGAAUUAACAACUGGAAGCUGAAACUGCGUUUGUUCAACAGCAU